AGAAUGGCUCCCACAGAAAAAAAAGACUCGACUGUAUCGACAAAGAAGAAAAAGCAGAAGAAGAAAACAUCCAAGAAGCAAAACCCCAAAUCCUCUCUUAAAACAGCAAAUGUCAAGCGGUUCCACAGCCGUGGAUCGUUAAAAAUAGAAGUAAGCAUAAGCCCCGCAUAAUUCUGACGUAGCAUGCAUCAAACACACGUGAUGCGCCUUAUUGCAGCGGUGGCAUUUCCUUCUCAGAAGCAGAGACAGCAGAAGCAGCAAAAGCAGCAGAGAAAGAGAAGCAACAACAGCAACAGAAGCACAAUUACCAUGGCUGACGAUUUCCAAAUCAUCUCGGACGACUUUAUCAACGACGCCCCUCCUGGUGAGACUGCCAACGUCGUCAACGACCUUGCUGCCAUUGUCGACAACAAAGACAUCACCUCCCAGCUCCACCAAUCGAUAUUGGCUUCCAUUCUCAGCAGCAGCUCAAUUAACUUCAAGAUCAUCUUCUACAGUGGCUCCAACUUGAUUUUAUCCAAGUUCAACUACGACGAGACCACAAACCAGUUUUUCGAUUACAACAUCAACAAGUCCUUCGACGUCAAUUUAAUCUCCAACAGAAUCCUAAAUGUUGACAAUAAUUUGAGCUCUACUUUGCCAUAUGACUUGAAAAAUCUAAACAAGUCACUAGCAAGCUACAUCAACCAACACUAUCCCUCUGUUGUUAAGAAAAAUAUGGCUUAUGCUAUCUUUCCCAUCGAUAAUGACCACAGUUACACUCAACUAUUCGACAAAGAAUUUAAUAACCAGUUCAGCAAAGAAUUUGAAAACACUCCAGUCCCUCGCAACAACACAAUCACCGAUGAUUUAACCGAUGGAAACGAUGAUGAAAGCAAUGAAAACGAUCUCAACAUCCACCAAGAUGCUGACCACUAUGAUAAGUUCAUCAUAAUAAUUCUCAAUAACAAAUUUAACCCAUCCAAUUUUUGGAAUGGAAGUUGGUCCUCUUACUACGUUUACUCAAAUUCAAUGCAAAAACUAUUCGGUAAAAUCUCAAUCGACAUUCAUUACUACGAAGAUGGCAAUGUCAGAUUAAAGACUUUCAAAACAUUGAACCAAUCAAAUGUCUCAAAGAUUAAUAUCAUCAACUCAAUCAAUGCCUUUGAAAAUAACUUUCAAAAUUUCUUGAGCCUAAAAUUCUUGAAGUUGAAUCAAAAUGGUUUUAAAUCUCUUAGAAGACAAUUGCCUGUAACCAGAAGCAAAAUUCAAUGGGGAAAGGGUUAUGCCUUGGGUAAAAGUGUUGUUAUUAACGAUUAAUCUAUAUACAACAAUUACAUAAUUAUAAAUAUAAUUCAUAAGUAUAAUUUAUAAAAUAUAAUAGAUCCACACCACUGGUCCCUUUUUC